AUGAUCAGACUUCUGAGACGGGCAACAGCCUGCUUCCGGAGGAGAGUGGAUCAUGCCCAGGAGCAAUACCCACAACACAUGAGGCCCCUGCAAGGUGACACCAAAUUGAAAACUGUGCAGGGAGUUGUGACAAGUUUCUGUAGCGAUUAUGGCUUAAUUAAUGAGUCAAUCCACUUCAAAAGUGAUGUUGUGACUGGUAAUACACCUUUAAAAGUUGGACAAAAGGUUACUGCAAUUGUGGAAGAAGAUGAAAUAUCUCAUGGAUUGAAAGCAAUCAAAUGCCCAGGCCAGUCAGGUGACAUCGGUGCCAUGAUCAGACUUCUGAGACGGGCAACAGCCUGCUUCCGGAGGAGAGUGGAUCAUGCCCAGGAGCAAUACCCACAACACAUGAGGCCCCUGCAAGGUGACACCAAAUUGAAAACUGUGCAGGGAGUUGUGACAAGUUUCUGUAGCGAUUAUGGCUUAAUUAAUGAGUCAAUCCACUUCAAAAGUGAUGUUGUGACUGGUAAUACACCUUUAAAAGUUGGACAAAAGGUUACUGCAAUUGUGGAAGAAGAUGAAAUAUCUCAUGGAUUGAAAGCAAUCAAAGUGGAUACUACUACUGGUCAUUGUGAUGGCCUUGAACUGUCAGAGCCUAGAAUCAGAGUUUUAGUUGGUUGUAUUUCCUCUAUUAAAAAAAAUAUUGUCUAUAUUAAUAAAAAAACUUACUUCCCUCUCAACAAUGUUUCUGAAGGUUAUAUGCCUUAUAAGGGUGACUGGAUAGAAGUUGAGUACUCCAUCCCACCAGGCACCUCCAACAUCAGGGCACACUCAGUGAAGCCUGUGAACUGUAGUCAUAUGGAGGAGGUCUGCAUUUUCAGCUUAAAUGGAAGAAAUGGGGUGAUAGAUGAUACUAUCUUCUUCACCUUGGAUUCUCUGAAACUUCCUGAUGGAUAUGUACCCCAAAAAUAUGACAUCGUCAAUGUGGAUGUAGUGGAGAGUACUCAGUCAUGCUGUAUCUGGAGAGCAGUUUCUAUGUCUCCACUGCACAUGUAAUAACAACAAUUUGUUGGUCUGUGUUUAUGUUUUCCUCUAUAGGCAUUAAAGGACCUGGUUUAAUGUAAAAACUUCUAUUAGUAAACCGAAACAAUAUUUGGCAUAAAAUUCAUUGGUAAAUCCAAUUACGAUAUUAGAUAGUUCAUUUGGGACCAUCAACCCACUGUAGGGAAGUGUCUUUUCCAUAAAAAGCGUGCUAAAGCUAGUUACUAUAGGAAAGGAUUCUUGGAAAUGACACUGCAAUUAAAUUUGAAUUCUUUGUUUUCCAUGGGCAAAGGUGGAUUCCAUGGUGGCAGAGGCCCUGAAAUAAACAUCAAAAGAAAGCAUUUAACUCAAGAGGAAGUAAGGCUUGCAUGCUAAUGGCCACGAUUGAAAGUUACAAUUUGCUUUUAAUUUUGAGUCUCUUCUAAGUUCCCUAUUCUUAUUUUUUUAUAUUCUGUCACAUGCACAGUUGGCUAGUUGUGUUUAUUAUUCAUCUGUGUCCCUCUUUUCCAUGCUAGAAUGUAAAAUCUACAAGGAGAGGAUUUUUUUGGUCUAUUAUUUCAUUAAUACAUUACUGGGUACUUUAGAAGAGUGCCUGGCACAUAACAGGGGAAGAUGAAAUGUUUUUAAAUUCUAUGAAUGAGCAA